GAACAGAACAUGUAGGGCUUAUUGAUGUAUCAUCUGUAUGUUUAGUGUUAUUUGUCUUAUUUGGUGUCAACUUCUGGACUCAAGUUAAUUGUUUGUAAAAGAAAAUUCUUGGUCAAUAAACCUGAUAUGAUUUGUCCAUCUAAUUUGUCCAGUUAUGAGAGAACUCUUGGGAUUCGGAAUACAUCAACCCCUAUGAAGUCAAACCGUUAUGAAGUGCCAGGUGCUCCAAUAUUGUCUAGUAUUUCCAGUGGAACAGAAAGAGAUGAGCAUCUAAGCGCAAUUGCAGAGGCCCCGGAAAUGGACAUCCUUGAGCAGAGCCUGCAUGACAUGAGCAUUGUGGAAGAGGAUCUGGAUGAAGAUGCCUUCAAUGACCACAUGAACAGUGUGAUUGAUUGGGCAGAAGAGGGGCCCAAAUUUCACAGUGACCCGGAGGACAGCUCUGACGAGGAAUACCUUCCACCAAUUUCUUUGCGAAUGGGUGGUGCUCUGAAGGGAGCACAGGUAAUUGAUAAUCUGCCAACUAUUGGGAUCGAUGAGACUGUCCACGACCUGUGUGCCCCUGAAGUCCUUUCCAAUGAGCCCUUGAGUCUUGAGCCAAUUUUGCCAGGCCCCCAGAAGGUACUUCGUGAGGACGAUAUCGUUGGUGUGAGAGCAGCACUCCUCUAUGAGAACAGCUUGAGGCAGCUGGUCUCAUUUUUAACUCUGCCUGUGGACACAUGCACUGGUGUCUUGAGGAAUGGUGUGGUGUGUAACAGUGUUGCUCCCUUUCCAACUGUCAUAAACAUCAAGGGCACUGCAAUGAGCGUUGAAUGGAUCUGCCCUAAUGGACAUUGUCUAUGGCGGUGGAACUCCCAACCCAUGCUAAAUUUUGGCAUGCAGGCUGGGGACUUUCUACUUUCCACAAACAUCUUGCUGUCUGGAAACAAUUAUGCCAAGGUUGCCCUCCUUUUGAAAUUUAUGAACAUCCGAAUGGUCAACCCAACUACUCACUACACAAUCCAGGACACAUACUGUGUUGACGCUAUUAAAGAAUACUGGGAAGAGAAGAGGUUAGAGGUCAUCAGCCGACUUCAAGGGAAGGAUGUUGUGCUCUUGGGUGAUGGCAGAAAUGACUCCCCAGGGCAUUGUGCACAAUACUGCAGCUACACGACCAUGGAGCUUGAUAGCAAGGAAAUUGUCUAUGUGACCAGUAUAGACAAGCGGCAGACAAACUGGAACUCCAAUGCUAUGGAAAAGGAAGGUUUUAUUCAGACUCUGGAAAAACUAACCAAAGAGAUAAAGGUUGUGGAGUUCUGCACCGAUGCCCAUGUCCAGAUUGGAGCCCUUUUGAACCCAGACAAAGGCAAGUAUAAGGAGCUGGGGAUUCACUACAGCCUGGACAUAUGGCAUGGUGCAAAAAACCUGUCCAAGACAAUUGCUGCCGCAGGAAAGCUGAAAGGCCAGUCCAUUCUUCUUCAUUGGUUGAAGGAUGUAGUCAACCAUUUCUGGUGGUGCUGCAAGACAGCAGAUACAUUUCAGCAGUUUCUUGCACUUUGGAUUGGGGUUCUGCACCAUGUGUGCAACCAGCAUACCUGGGCGACUGGAAGUUGCCAACAUGAUCACCUUGAGGACACUCAUGGGAAACAGUGGAUUGAGAGAGAUUCCCAGAGCCACAAAGCGCUAGUGAGCAUUGUCCUCAACAAACGCUGGCAGAAGAAUGUCCAUAAGUUUCUGCGCUUCAGAUCAACAUCACAUCUGGAGUCAUUUCAGAACCAUAUCCUGAUGUAUGCCAGCAAGCACCUGGCCUUCACUCCACAAGGGUAUCAGUCUAGAGUUUUGCUUGCUGCUCUGGACUACAAUUUCCACUGCAAGCGUCCAACUUACAGGACGGCUGAGGGCCAACAAGUUCUUCGGAAGAAGUACAAUAAAAAUGCCAGAAGAUACAGCCUAUAUGCCUUGAAGUGUGGAAAAUCCUAUGACUACAUCCCUGAGUUGCAAGCCCGGAUUGUGAAAGGAAGAGUUGGAAGCGGAGUUGGGAUGCCGCGAAAGAGGACCCUACGCCCGGAUGAUCCAAGGCAGCUUGGUGUUGUGCCCCCAAUACCUCCACCACCAAUGUCUGAGUUGAUACGCACACAUGUUAGCAGAGGUCUAGGAUCAGCCUUCGAUGCUGCCACCAACAUACAGGAAGAUUAAGUUGUUUGUUUGUAAAUACUGUAAAU